AUGUCUUUUGUAUUUCCUGGAAUCAAUAAAACUUUUAAAGAAUUUGUUGAAAAAUUAUUAGAUAUUAAAUUUGAAGAAUUUGAUAAAAUAACAAAAAAUGAUAAUGAAAAAAGACGUAAAGAAAAAGGCUUUGAAUAUUUUCUUUAUGAAUUA